AUGUCAUUAUUUGCACUUUCAUGUAAACAAAUACAAAUGGAAGCAAUUUUAUUUAAUCGACAAUUUCGUCGAUUUGAAAAUGAUUUUUCUUCUGUUGAACAUGUUAAUAUUCAUGGUAUACAAUCACAACGUUGUCGAUUACAAUUUCGUUUAUCAAAUGAUAUACAAACACAUUUACCACUUGAAAGUCGUGAUGUUGAUAGUGCAAUAUCAAGUGGUCAAUUUGAUCUUGAAUCAUUUACUGCUCAUAUGAUUAAUAUGGAUAAUAAUGGACAGUUUCGUCAAAAACUUUGUCGUGCUGAUGCUGAAGCAGGAAGUGUUGAUCCAUGUCAUCGAUUACUUAUGUUAAAAUUUGUUCAUUUGGUUGAUGAUGCUGGAUAUAGUGUCGAAAAGCGAAUGAUACGAAAACAUGAGUACAUAUUGGACAGCUUUCAACAGAUCAUGCAGUUGUAG